AUGAACAGCGAUAAGUGCGGUCACAGCAGAUCUGAAAGCCGUGUAAAUCCGGGGCGGCUCAAGAGAUCAAUAGCCUCAUGGAUCAGGCAUCAGCCCACAUUAUCAGGAUUCAUGAUAUUUGCCUGCGCAAUUCUCAUGAUUAUAAAAUCCGGUCAUUUGGAUGAUUAUCGCUCAGUCCAAAUUGUGGACGAGACUCUGGAUACAAAACAAUCAGCAGAAGAGACAGAAAAGGUCGCGGCGCUAUCUGAACUUGUGAAGAAAACCCAAAGCUACGACGUAAAUUCUACAAAGGUCGCGUUGGUAUUGCCAAAAACACGCUCAGAUGAUUUGAGAUGGCUUCGUGAUUAUCUUCAAACACAAACCGACAACACUCCGUUCAUUUAUACCAUGGACCAGAAACCCGAGAGAGAACUACUCGUCGCACACUCAUCGCGUGGCCGCGAGGCCUCCGCCUAUCUUUCGUUCGUUGUCGACCUGUACGAGGAGCUCCCCGAAUACUCGAUUUUCCUUCAUGCCAACCCCGAACAGUGGCACAAUGAUUUAUUUGGCCCCCAAACAAGCAGCGUUUUGAAAAGCCUGCGCCGCGAAGCUGUGGACGCGAUGGGGUAUUUGAACCUGCGCUGUACGAAUAACCCAGGGUGUCCGACUCACAUCAAUCCCAAUAGCCCCACGCAAGCGGACAUUGACAAGAACGAUGCGCGUGCAAACUUUCCUAGUAUAUAUAAAGGCAUAUUUGGGGAAGAGGCUCAAGUUCCGGAACACAUUGGGGGGAUUUGCUGUGCCCAGUUUGCGGUCAGCCGAGCACGCAUCUGGCAGCGACCUAGAAGCGAUUAUAUCCGUAUGCUAAACUGGAUAGACAAGAAGAGCGUCCCCCUUGUUGACGAUUACGGUGUUGGGUGGGUGUUUGAAACUUUGUGGCAUAUAGUGUUCGGUAUGGAAGGGAUCCAUUGUCCUCUUUACGAACAAUGUCGGUGCGAUAACUACGGAUGGUGUGGACCUUUACCAUCGGGCAAGACUCUUACGGCGAUUGCGGCACCACAAAAGAACCAGCUGAAAUACAGAUAUGGGUGA